AUGCCUUCACUUGUAGGACAGGAAAUCGGCCCCACGGGCUACGGAAUGAUGCGAAUGACAUGGAACCCCCAACCACCCUCAGAAGAACAAUGCUUCGAAACCCUCAACACCGCCCUCGCUCUGGGCACGAACUUCUGGAACGGCGGCGAGCUCUAUGGCACGCCCGACUUCAACUCGCUGCAUCUGCUGAAUAGAUACUUCACCAAGUACCCGGAGAACGCAGACCAGGUUGUCCUGAGCAUCAAGGGCGGCUUGAAGGCCGGGCAGCUGGUUCCGGACGGCUCGGAGGCGAAUAUCCGUCGCAGUGUGGAUGAGUGUCUCCGGGUGUUGGAGGGGAAGAAGACGAUUGAUAUUUUCGAGUGCGCGAGGCAAGACCCUAAUACCACCGUCGAGCAGACGGUGGAAAUCCUGGCGCAGCUGGUCAAGGAGGGUAAGAUCAAGGGCAUUGGUCUGAGCGAGGUGGAUGCGGAGACGAUCCGGCGAGCACAUAAGGUCCAUCCUAUCGCGGCAGUUGAAAUCGAGCUCUCCCUGUGGGACACGCAUACCCUGGACGACGGUGUGGCCAGCACCUGUGCGGAGCUCGGCAUCCCUCUCGUUGCGUACUCGCCCCUGGGCCGCGGGGUGCUGGCCGGCGCCUUUACGAGCAUCUCCGAGAUCCCAGAGGGUGACCUCCGCCGGGGCCUGCCCAAGUACCAAGACGAGGCCAUGAAGCACAACAUCAAGCUCAUCAACGAAGUCAAUGAUCUUGCCUCGCGGAAGGGCGUGGCUCCUGUGCAGAUCGCGCUGGCUUGGCUACUAACUCUAAGCGGCAAACCGGGCAUGCCAACGAUCAUCCCCAUUCCGGGAGGCACGACAAAGGACAAGGUUACGCAGAAUUUGCAGGGGGUACCUCGCCUCUCGGAUGCCGAGAUGACUGAGAUUGAACGAAUUCUGAGAGAAAACGAGAUUAAGGGGGCUCGGUACUAG